AUGCACUCUGUAGAAGAGGACGACGUUUCCGGUGUAGAGGAGGACCGUGCUUUGUUCAAGGGCUGGGUCACCCCAGGGGGCUCUGGCACCCAGGACUCUUCUGAGGGAGUCCCAUCCUCUCAGGUUUCUCUCAUUAGCCCUACUUUUAUCAUCCCGCCUGCAACUUCCCCGUCAAUUAGAGCCGCACGCACCCGAGUCCCCACCAGAAAACUACUCUUCAAAAGCCUUCCUCCCAGGCCGAGCGCAGCCCGGGGCGCUCAGCGUCUAGAAAGGAAGCGGCGCCGGAGUUCACCCAGACCCACGCGGCCCCUGCAGAAGCGCAAAGCUACAGCUCGUGCUUUCGGCCUGGAGGCGGGAGGAGACUCGCCACGCCCAGGGCCCCGCCCCGCGCAGCGCGCGACGCCCCCUCAGGCCCGGCUCCGGCGCCCUAUUUGGUCAUUCGGGGUACAGGAGGCGGCCGUGGAGUUGUGCGCGGCGGAAGGGGACGUGGGGCGGGCUCGGGUGCGCAGAAGAAACGCUUUCUCCGCUACCUCGGCUCCCGGCACGUUUGGGACCCACGAGGCCGCCGCAUCCUGCUUUGGAACAAUGGGACUCGGCGCGCGAGGUGUUCGGGCCGCGCUGCUCCUGGGGGUGCUGCAGGUGCUGGCGCUGCCGGGGGCCGCCGCGGACAGCUCAGCUCCGGCGGAGUCUCCCAGUGUGCUUCUGCAGAACUCCAGUGCUAACUCCCUAGCAGAUAGUAUGCAUAACAACUAUACAUCUGAAUCUAACAGCAGCACCACUGUGAAACCAUCACCAACUUCAGUUUCCUUGGCCUCAAAAAAUGUGACAUAUGUCACCAUCAAACCAGUAAUGACUUCUAAAAUGGCAACACCAGGGUUCUCAACAAAUACGACUUCCACUACUUUAAAGUCAACAUCCAAAGCAACAAGUGUUUCACAGAACGUAUCCCAGAUGUCAACAUCUGUGACAACCACAACUCAAAAUAGUUUAGCGACAUCAUUAACAAUCACAGCAACCAUUCAUUUUAAUGAAAAAUCAAAAUUUGACACUGGCAGCUUUGUUGGUGGUAUUGUGUUAACACUGGGCGUUUUAUCUAUUCUUUACAUUGGUUGCAAAAUCUAUUAUUCAAGAAGAGGCAUCCGAUAUAGAACAAUUGAUGAACAUGAUGCCAUCAUUUAAGGAAAUACAAGGACCAAGGAAAGAAGAAACAUUGAUGCAGCCCUGUUCACUUUGGUUUUACUACUUUAAAACAAUGCUCUCUUGAAAAUAAGAAAAAAGCAUAAUUGGACCACCAUGCAUAUAAUAUAAAACCUGUUACAUAAAUGUGCAUAGAUUUUUUUUCAUCAUUACUAUAGGUAAAAAGGGCUUGGUUAGGUAUUUAAAUAUUUGGAGCUUAUAGAUAAUUUAUACAGUGAUCAUACUCAAUUUUAGCAAAUACAUAGUAAGACAAGACCUAUCUCAUUUUUUGUGGCAUUGGUUCCAUGGGACCAGUAAUUGAAAGACAAUAUCACCAAAGGGCAGGCUGCCAUCUGGGUGCACAAAUAAGGAGAUUGUCACAACACAAAGAACUUCAGUGCUUUUCUGGAGCUGGAUAUAUCCUAAUUACUGAUGCCACACAGCAGAAAUUACACAAUUGAGUAAACCAGGUCUGAAACAUAAUUUAAGAAAGCAUCAACAUUUGUUUUAUAGUAGUUAGUCUAGAAACAAUACAUACUCCCCCAAAAUAAAAUCUUCAUCUAAAACCCCAAACACCCUAUUGAUGACUCAUUAGAGAGCAUGUAUUUUUAUUAAUUUCUUUUUGAACUUUCAGUGUUAGUUUGAUAAAAUCUUUUUUUCUCUGUAAUUUAGGCAAAUGCAGUGUUUUAACACAAUGUUUUUAAAACUCAGUUGUAAGACUAGCAUUAUAGGAAAAAACUAGAUUAUUUGCUACUGUGAUAAUUUUGUCACCACUGGAAAUUGCUUUUAUUUCAUAUUCACUUGAUUUUAUAUUUAGUGACUAUUUUGAAGAAAUGUAGAGCUGCUUUCAAAACCUAGAAAUUUUUAAUAGAAUGUAAAAACAUCUAACUUUUAAAAAGCUCCAUUUUUUUCCCAAAAUAAUAUUUAGAACCUUGUAUUAUCAAAACUGUAGAUUAAUGCUGUUUUAAACCAGGGUUUAUGGGCUCUCCCCAGGCUACUAAACCUGCAGGAUGAAAGUACUGCGUUUUCAUACACUGUUAACUUGACUCAGAUUUGGGGAAAUGACAUUUUUAUACAUAAGUACAUUGUUGGAGUAAAUUCUUAUUUUAAUCAGGAAAUUUCCUGCUUCCUUUUGGGUAUUCACCUAGACUACUCCACUGUUUAAGAGGAGUUACUCUCAGAUGCACUAUGUUAAUGAAGAGGAAAAAAGCACAGUAUUUUUUUUUUAAUUACACAUUAUAUUUUGGAGUGUUUUUAGUUUUACAGUUUAUAUUCCAGCACUCAAACUCAGGGUGAACUUUUAACAAGAGUUAUUUAGUCACUAAAUACUAAGAUAAUAUUUCUGUCUUAGAGGGCCAAAGUAAAUCACACCAAUUUCUGACAGGUUAAAAAUAUGCUAAGAUUUCUUAAUGAACAUGAUAGGAACAAAAGGUAAGGUAACUUUUGUGAUCAGCUUGUGGUUUGCAGAGAAUGACAAUGUCAAGAAUUUGGUAUAAAAGGAUCAUGUCUACUUGCUGUGUAUUUUGGCCAACUAAUGUGGUGAUAUGGAUAAAAACUAUUCAAAAUAUGGAUAUCAUUGGAUCUGUGACACAUGCAAUAUGGAGGAAAUUUUAUGAAACUUGUAUGGUUAGAUUAGUUUGAAAUGUGGGCUGAUGAGUAAGUUUAUGUUAUUACUAGGCCUUAACUGGUUAUGCAAACACUGCAUUCAUUUCUUUGCAACAUAUAGUUAUGAUAUACUUUAUAGUGGUGAGGGCCUUUUCAGUUGAACUUGUUUUAUCUCUUGCAUUCUUGAUAUUUCAGUUACCAGCCUGAAGUUUUUCUUGAAUACUUACUUCUUUAGCACUUUGAAAACAGAAAACCACUUUUUAAGUACUAAGUGUUUAAACUUUGCCUUGCAAGUUUGCUUUUUAGGUUGGGAAUAUUGUAGUUAUGUUCUUUCUGUCUGUAAGCAGUAUAAUUUGUUACCUUCAAAUAUCAGUACUUUCAGUAAAGUUUUUUUUUUAUAUCUGCA